GUUCCCGGGGAAACUGGGAACCCGGAGCCCAGCUCCAAGGCGCCUUCCCCCACCGCCCAGGGCAGCCCUGAGCCCCUGCCGUGGAUACUGCGGCGUCUCCAGGUCUCUCCGAGGGCAGCCCGCUCCCCUGCCCACCUCCCCUCGGAGGAGGACGGACAGCUCGAGCCCCGGGAGUGGAAGUUGGGAGACUCCGGCGAGCCCCAGGCGCCACGCGGCCGAAACCAGGAAACGGAUCCGGGUUCUGGGGUUACGAGGGGAGCUGUCCAGCCCCGCGGGGCGAGCUGGAAGAGAGGGUGGGCCUUCGCGGGCGAGGCGGGGGCGGCGGCGGGCGCCAGGGUCGGGUGGGGCUGUGACUGCCCCUUCGGCCCGCCGGCCCCGGGCGUCGCCCCCGCCCCCCGCGUGGCCGCCGCCGUCCCAGCCCCUGCGAGGAAGCGGCGCGGCUUCCUGCGGCCGGGGCCGGGGAUAUAGGCGCCCCCGCCCGGGCUCGGCGCCGCCGCCCCUCCUCGCUUGCCUGCCGCGCGCGCGAUGGCCCGGCUCCGGGCAGAGAGUGCCGCCGGCGGCCGGUGGAUCCCGGCGACCCGCGCGGGGGGACCCUCAGCGCUCCGCCUCCUCCUCCUGCUGGGCGCUGUCCUGAAGCCCCAGGAUGGCGCGGCUCAGCUUCUCGCCACCCCAAGCAGCUUGGAGUCAGAAGCUGUCCGGAAGCCCCAGGAAUCCAUGGCUGAGCUUCUCGCCACCCCAAGCAGCUUGGUGUCAGAAAAGAAGAUGACUGAAGAGUACCGUGACAGAAUUGGAGGUUGCUGGCAAAACUAUACGGAUUAUAUGGACUCUAUCAAAGGAGACUGGUGCAACUGGGCCAUCAUUAGCAGGCCUUAUAGCAACCUGCAGAAUUGUUUGGAACAGAAUGCGGACCACUUUCACCUGGGCUUCCCCAAUUCCAUGGCAGAACAGGUCAUCUUUCAGACUCACCAGAUCCACUUUGCCAACUGCUCCUUGGUGCAGCCCACCCUCUCAGACCCCCCAGAAGAUGUGCUUCUGGCCAUGAUCAUAGCCCCCAUCUGCCUCAUCCCCUUCCUGGUCACCCUCAUGGUGUGGAGGAGUAAAGACAAUGAGACUCAGGCCUAAGUGGCAGGAGUUUCUCAGCAGCCGCCUCACUCCUUUCUCCUGCCACCACCAGGUCUCUCUCCUUGUGUCCCCACCCCCUUCUCUCACUCGCUCCCCAUACGGAGCCCUAGACUGGUGGAAAUGGAGCUGGGUGGGGUCAUGGCACAAAUUCUGUAAUCUUCAAAAUAAAAGGUUUCUUUUGUA